GGCGCGACCGCCCAUUCAUUUGUAGAGGAAGCUAACCUGUUCACCACAAGCCAUGCUAUGUUGUAAGCUAGCUACCACAACUUUUUAUAAAACAAUUUUAACUACGUUAAUGGACACAUUUGAUUAAGAUGUUUCAAAAACUACCAUCGCUGUGGAACUAUCUCUCCGAUUUUUACUUGCGGUACAAACUUUUUGCUCGAUCGAAGUCACCUUCAUAGAUUAGUGGGUAUGUUUACAAAGCAACUAUGCUACUACUAGUUACAAUUUAGCUAGUCCCUACUUCCAGAUAGUUCUACCGAUGCGCCAACGCGUUGCAAGUAGGCUACAUUGCUUUAAUCGAUAGGAACAGACACUGCAUGUGUUAGCCAGCCUAGUACUGUCCAGCUACCAUUAGCAAACCAAACAUCACCAUGGCUAGUGCCUUGGCAGCAAAAAUGGGACUGAACUCUUUGAGAAGAAAACAAGCCAAGAGCUUCAACGUCAAGAUAACAACCAUGGAUGCAGACAUGGAAUUCAGCUGUGAGGUCAAGUGGAAGGGAAAGGAUCUGUUUGACCACGUGUGCCGGACGUUUGGCCUGAGAGAGACUUGGUACUUCGGGCUCCAGUACACCGUGAAGGACGCGGUCGCUUGGCUCAAGAUGGACAAGAAGGUGUUGGAUCAGGAAGUCCCCAAGGAGAAUCCGAUCACCCUUCACUUCCUCGCCAAGUUCUUCCCCGAGAACGCGGAGGAGGAGCUGGUCCAGGACAUCACACAGCAUCUCUUCUUCCUGCAGGUGAAGAGGAGCAUCCUGCAGGAGGAGAUCUACUGCCCCCCAGAGGCCUCUGUGCUGCUCGCCUCCUAUGCUGUCCAGGCCAAGUAUGGAGACUACGACCCCAACCUUCACGAGCCUGGUUUCCUGGCCAAAGAGGACCUUCUGCCCAAGAACGUGAUCAACCUGUACCAGAUGACCGCUGAGAUGUGGGAGGAGAGGAUCACGGCGUGCUACGCCGAGCACAGGGGCAGGACCAGGGAGGAAGCCGAGAUGGAGUAUCUAAAGAUCGCCCAGGACCUGGAGAUGUACGCUGUCAAUUACUUCUUCAUCAGGAACAAGAAGGGGACGGGGCUGCUGCUGGGGGUGGACGCGCUGGGCCUGCACAUCUACGAGCCCGACAACAGGCUCACGCCCAAGUGCUCCUUCCCCUGGAACGAGAUCCGCAACAUCUCCUACAACGACAAAGAGUUUGCCAUCAAACCCGUGGACAAGAAGACAGACGUUUUCAAAUUCAACUCCUCAAGGCUGAGGGUGAACAAGCUGAUCCUGCAGCUGUGCAUAGGGAACCAUGACCUGUUCAGGAGGAGGAGGGGCCUGGACUCUCUGGAGAUGCAGCAGAUGAAGACCCAGGCUCGUGAGGAGAGGGCUCGCAAGCAGGCGGAGCGACAGCUGCUGCAGAGGGAGAAGCAGUUACGAGAGGAGGCGGAGCGGGCCAGAGACCAGCUGGAGAGACAGCUGCUGCAGCUGCAGGACGACGCUCACAUGGCCAACGAGGCUCUGAUGCGCUCCGAGGAGACGGCGGACCUGCUGGCGGAGAAGGCCCAGAUAGCCGCGGAGGAGGCCAAGCUGUUGGCCCAGAAGGCGGCGGAGGCCGAGGCGGAGAUGCAGCGGAUCAAGGUGACAGCCAUCCGCUCGGAGGAGGAGAGGAGACUGAUGGAGCAGAAGAUGCUGGAGGCCGAGAUGCUGGCCUUGCAGAUGGCGGAAGAGUCGGAACGCAGAGCUGGUGAGGCGGAGCAGCUAAAGCUGGACCUGAUGGAGGCGAGGGAGUCUGAGCUCAGGGCCAAACACAAGCUGUUGGAGAUCACCAGCAAGACUGCCUACCCAGCCCCCCCGGCCCAGGCCCCCCCGGCCCAGGCCCCCCCGGCCCCCCCCUCUGACGCCAUGCCCGCCGACCUCCCCAGCCUGAGCUUCAGCAGGGAGAACCUCAGCUUCGACUUCAAGGACACGGACAUGAAGCGCCUGUCCAUGGAGAUAGAGAAGGAGAAGGUGGAGUACAUGGAGAAGAGCAAGCACCUGCAGGAGCAGCUGAACGAGCUGAAGACGGAGAUCGAGUCCCUGAAGCUGAAGGAGCGCGAGACCCCCCUGGACAUCCUCCACAACCACAACACCCAGGAGGGCACCAGCAAGCACAGCAACUUCAAAAAGCUGACCCUGCAGAGCACCAAGUCCAGAGUCGCUUUCUUUGAAGAACUCUGAACGUGUGUGUGUGUGUGUGUGUGUAUGCUGUGUGUGUGUGUGAGAGACAGAGAGAAUGAGAGAGAAAGUAUUAAAAGAAGAUUAGCAUCACUACAUGAAGUGGACCAUACCACUAUGUUUUUUGCGCACUGGGAAAAACUGACCACUGUCCAGGCAUGGUUGAACUGAGGGACCACAGGGUAACACUGACCACAACCAUGAUGAAAAUGGACAGCUGCUCUAAGGCUUUUAUAAGGCCUUUUAUAACCUGAGCAGCAUGUUUGGGAUCAAUCUUUCUUUCACUUCUUGGGAUUUGGUUGGGGUUAGAUGUUGUAGUUUUAUUUUUGUAUCCCAUUUUAAAGACACUGUUGAGUUUUCUUUGCAUUUGAUGUAUAUUUGUAUUUUGUGAUUAAUAAUGUCCUUUGGAAAAAGAUAAUAUUUGUCUGAAAGUAUGAACGGUAUUUGUUUGUGAUUUGCUAGUUUUACAAGGGUGAAGUAGACUUUUUUAGUUGCAGAUAUAACUACUAAAUAAAUUAAUGAUGUUUGAUAAA